AUGGAAUUAGAGUCUAGUUUUCCUUCUCCUAUUCUUUUAGACAACUGUGUUUACAGCUUGGGCGAAGGAACUUUAAUUCCGUUUUGGAAUGUUGUGUGGCUGAACGUGGGGAGGUUAUCGGAUUUAUUUCCGGUUCUGUUUUUGAACAGCUCAGCCAAAGAUGGAACGGUCUUUUCAAUGGGAAAGUGGACAGGAACUAGGUGGGAAUGGGGGAGUUUCGGUUUAGAUGCUUCUGAUGUGAUUUUGAUGCAGGAUAUUUCAGAUUUACGUAACUUAAUCGCUAAUAUUACCCCCAAUAGCUCUGUAAGAGAUUCUUUGGAGUGGGGUAAGGGAGAAGAUAGUGGUUAUACCACCAAGUCUGGUUAUAUAAAUUUAUGCAGUAUGCAGGAGAUCCCGACAGUGGUGGACAAUGUUAGGAACAGCUUAUCGGUAAAUUGGAAGGCGUUGGUCCCGUUUCGUAUCAAAGCUUUCGGAUGGAGAUGCCUAAUUGACAGGUUGCCGCUGAAGAUUCCGUUAAUUCGUAGAGGGGUUAGUGUGGAACCUUGCUGUGUAUUAUGCUGCGGAGGGGAUGAGGACGCUAGCCAUCUUUUCUUGUAUUGCUCUUUUUCUAAACAGAUUUGGAGGGAAAUUUCUUCAUGGCUGGGCAUAACAGUGACUCUUGAGGGUCCAGUUCAAGAAGGUUUGUUGUCUUGGGUCAGGGAGUGUAGAAAAGAAGGAGUUGGUAAGAAUAGUGCCUCUGGGAUCUGGUUAACAAUAGUUUGGUGCAUAUGGAGGCACCGUAACGACAUUGUUUUUAACGGUGCUUCUCCUAUUCUUACUGAUUUAGUUUGGUAUAUUAAGCUAAAGCUGUGGAAGUGGCUAAGUGUAGGUAAUAUUUCCUUAACCAAAUGUAACUUUUAUGAUUUUUGCAAAAAUCCGGUGGGAAAUCUUGGGUAA